AUGCAGUUCUUCGCCGUCGCUCUCUUCGCCACCAGCGCCCUCGCCGCUGUCUGCCCUGAAGGCGUGUUCUCUAACCCGCUCUGCUGUUCUUCCGUUCUCCUCGAAGCUGUAGGCCUUGACUGCUCGACGCCUACUGCCCCCGUCGACACCGGCAUUCUCUUCCAGGCCCACUGUGCCACCAAAGGCGCCGAGCCCGCCUGCUGCGCUGUCCCCGUUGCCGGCCAGGCUGUUCUGUGCCAGAAGCCCGUCGGCACCCUGUAG